AUGGCGAGCCCGAAAAUAGGUGCAUGGAUUCACGAAGCUUUCCAAGAACCAGGAGGCUUGAACACUUUCAUAAAAUCCCAGCAUGUUAUACAGAUACACAGGGCAGUUCUAAACCCCCCAGAACGAUCGGUCCAGCCUACCGAGUUAUCCCUGUUACUAGUCACGAUUACAUGGGGAGCUCUACUCGACACAGAGUUUAACAGCUCUGUUAAGGCUAAUCUAGCCACUGCUGUUGAGGAUAUGACGAAACUUCUAUUCAGAUACACUGACAGUGCGGAUAAGUUCCUGGCGCUUGUUGCUAUGGUGAGUACAUAA